UCCUUUUGCUAAAUCGAUAAUUUAAGCAAUUUGUGUUUUUGUUUUUUCAUCUGAAACUGAUGGAAACACAAAGAUCGGCACUAUGAUUCUCAGCACCGGAGCCGCUUCAACAUUAUCCAUCGCCGCUCGUGUUUUUAACGCUAUGAAUCGCCGAAAUUACUCUACUCGAUGCAUCUCCGCAGAAUCCCUAAAUCUUCGUUCCGAUUCCACUUCAGAAGCAGCCAAUGUAACUCCCGAGUCUGAGACUCGACUCUCUUUGAGGAAGAAAAGGCUAAAGCAGGAAGAUUUGGAGCCCUUGGAUGAAGAUUCCACCAGAGGAAUCAAUUCCCGUAAAGAGAUGUUGGCAUUACCUGAUAUAGAAGAGUCUCCUUACAAGAGUACCAGUGGAUUUGCUUCAUCUAGGACCUCAAAACUAAACUCAUGUAUAAAAUCAACUGAAGCUAGCGCUUCUGCAUCUUCGGUCAAAACUGCAGGGAUAGCACCUGAUAACUGGGAAAAGGUGAUCGAGGGUAUUCGAAAAAUGACAUCUUCAGAAGAAGCACCAGUUGACAAUCUAGAAUGUGAUAGGACUGGAAGCUUUUUACCUCCAAAGGAAAGGCGAUUUUAUGUGCUCAUAGGAACACUACUUUCAAGUCAGACUAAAGAUUACAUAACUAGUGCAGCAGUAGACCGUCUUCUUCAAAAUGGCCUUCUCACCCCCGAAGCCAUUGACAAAGCCGAUGAAUCAACCAUUAAGGAAUUGAUCUAUCCGGUGGGAUUCUAUACUAGAAAGGCUACGAAUGUGAAGAAAGUUGCAAAAAUUUGUCUGACUAAAUAUGACGGUGACAUUCCAAGCACUUUGGAAGAACUACUCUCACUUCCAGGAGUUGGUCCUAAGAUUGCUCAUCUGGUUUUGCAUAUAGCCUGGAAUGAUGUUCAAGGAAUAUGUGUAGACACACAUGUGCAUCGCAUUUGCAAUAGACUUGGUUGGGUGUCUAAACCAGGAACGAAACAGAAAACCUCGUCCCCUGAGGAAACUAGAGUAGCUCUGCAACAAUGGCUUCCAAAAGAAGAAUGGGUCGCUAUCAACUUUCUGUUGGUAGGUUUUGGACAAACGAUUUGCACACCACUAAGACCACGAUGUGGAACCUGUAGUAUCACUGAGCUCUGCCCAUCUGCCUUCAAGGAGACCCCAAGCUCAUCAUCCAAAUUGAAGAAAUCUGUCAAAAGCAAAAAACUUUAGUUGCUUUGGUUCUGGAUUCUUCUACCAGAUAAUUUCUUAACCCAUUUUGUGAUUAAUCCCCUCGGAAAAAGUUAAAUUGUACCCAAGAAAAUGUAUAGUUUUAUCACCUUUAUAGGGAAUGUAAGAGCAUCCCACUUGUGUGUGUAUGAAAGAAAGACACUUGGGCAAGUAUAGUUUUAAACUUUUAAUUGAUUAUUAUGAAAAUGCUUCAAAGAGCAAUUCAAAAACCG